UGAAAUAUGACCCUUGCUUUGAGCAAACAACGACGAUGGUUGAGUGUGUUUCCAUGUGAACUUGAACAGUUAUACUUUGUAGACCGUUGGGAAAACCCAAACGCAGGUUGAGAAGUAAUCGUAAUGGUGGCUCGUGUACAAAAGAGACACUCAUUGUGAAAUAUUAAUAUUCACGAAUGAUUGCAGCGCCAAAAAUAAAUCGAAUUCCCUGCAUGUACACGCACGCUGACGGUAUAUAAGGAACUUAUGGGGGAUACGCUCAUCCUACAUAAAUAAAUUUAGUAUUUUGUUGUAAUUUUAUAACGGAUGCUGACUUGAACAACCGAUCACUUCAAAGGAACAUUAAUAUUAACCGUCUCCAGCAUCUCAGCAAUAUCGUCUUGUACACAAAUCUCUGGAUGAGUAAUAUUACGUGCCUGUGGGUAUAGGAUUCUGGAUGAGAGUGGCGCCAUUUUGUGAUGGGCGUGCAUGCACACAGUCGGCCGACAGAACAUUCAUCUGACAAGUGGUUUUCACGUGAAGUAUCAUACCUCCGGUCUCACACCAAGAUCCCUUCAUCGGCUUCUAUGUAGACUUACUGCACUUCAGAGUACAUGAAAUGCCAGCCAAGCCAUCACCCGAAGACACCAAACUAUUGUUCGAUGUGGCCAAGAAGAUAGAAGCUACCAACGAUGGGCUCAGUGACUUCAGGAACGUUUGCCGCGAUCAGAAACACAUCAGGGCUUUUGACUACCAAAAGAAAAGGGCAUUCGACAUCAUCCAAGAGCUCAAGAGGAAGAUGAUUGUACAACCGGGCAAGUUUGAGAAGUUUGUGGAGAUACUUGAAAUAAUCGGAAGGGCAGAUGUCAUCAAGAUGCUUCCAGGUUAUGAAGACUAUGAAUCAAUGAAAGGAGUAAAUAAUAACCAAGAUAAUAAGGACACCAUGAUGUCUACACCGCAGAGGAAUGAAACCAGCUUAGACGGCUCUUCACCAUCUUCUGAUUCUUCAAGUGGUACUGGUAGGGUGACAGAUAUAGAACUCUCCAACCUCUCGGAUAACAUCUCACCAGAUCGUGUUCUUCGCCUUGGUAUUUUCCUUGGUAUACGUUUUCCAAAGAUUGAAACGAUAAUGAAACAAGGAGGAACUCUUGAUUUGCUAAUCAAUUGGAGAAAAAAUGUACCAGAACGAGAUCAACGGCAAGAACUUCACCAAGCAUUGAAAGAGGCAAGCCUGGGUCAUCUGGUGACUGCCUGUGUACAUGGUCUAGGAGACGGAAACAAUUCAUCACCUGAAGAUGAAGGUCCUCUCAGCAGAUCUUCCAUUAUUUCAGAAAAGAUGCUCAGUGGGUUAGCCGGAAGGAUGGGGGAAGGAUGGUCCCACUUCGGCAUUCAACAUCUAGGCAUGUCAAAGAUCGACAUUGAUCAUUUUAAAAGCAAAGGAUCAUGCAUGGAGGACGAAAUAUUCUUCAUGUUAUAUGAGUGGCGUCAACGUAAUGGUAAAGAUGCAACGAUCGGGAAACUACUUGAUUUAAUCGAAUCGAGUCCUUACUUCUCACCGGACACCAGUGACUUUAUUCUAAAACAACUAUCAAUCGAUGUACCCGAGGAUCUUCCUCAGUGAGGAUUGCAAAGGAUAGCGACCUACAGACAAUGUUGGACCGACCAGAGACAAAUAUACCAUGAUGAUCAAUGAAUGUUCAAUAAUUACAGGAUUAUUUAUUGUGAAACCUUAUCUGAACGUGACAGUGACUAUUAUUAUUCGUAAUUUGUUUUCAGAUGUGCUGUAUUUAAUUGCAAAGUGAAACCAACAUUCCAUUUGUGAUCAAAUAUAUUAUUUUGGAGAAUGAAAUCGUCUAGUUCAUUCAUCGGAAAUCCAUAAUUCGGAAUGAUAUAGGCCUAUAUUAUUUUGCGUGUAUUCAAUUCCAUUUUCAGUGAAAAAUACCGGUACCACGCAUUAUCGAACAUUGGAACGGGAACUUUUUAGUGCGUUCUCAUUCUCUGUCCAAUCUUGCCAAUAUGAUUAUGUAUUUCAUGUUUUAUUAAUUUAAUUUCUAUUUAUAUACAAUUGUAUAGGUGGAUUUGUAUUCAUUAUUGAGAAAUAUAAUGCAGUUAUUUAGUUGAAUGUGAGAGUCAUAAUUGAAGUUGAACACCGGGUGUGAAGAGAAAGUUUUGACAUAUAAACUUGUCAAUAUUUAGUAAAUUAUGUAAGAGCAUGCUUGGCUAGGGGGGGGGGGUAGAAUUUUGAAUUUCGUACAGCAAUCUAUGCUGACAGAUGGUUGUCUCGCACACCGAUCCCCAUCCCAGAACCCCCCCCCCCCGAAAUCGCCACGAGCGUUUUGUUCUGAACAAGUUUGGGAUAAUAUUUUUGUGUAAUAAUUAUAUUUAAAAACAUGACAAAGAAGUCGUUGCAAAAAUCAACUGACGCAUCUGUCGUGAAUUCUGACGAAAAUAUAUUUUUGUAGUCACCCACCGAUGUAAUAACACUUUCUAUGAAAUCACAAAUUACCCCUCAGCCAAAAUCAAACUGGGAUAUAGGUAUAAACUGAUCGAGUCAUUUGAGGAGAUUCCGUCGGGAUGCUUAUGUACCAAAUGUUAAUUUCAAUUUGAUACUCAUUAUUUUCAACUUUGUUUCCACAUUGGUCUGGAUUUUCGAGCAACUUAAAAUUCCUUGAAUAAACCGUUUUGUAUAGGGAAGUAUAUUUAGGUGGCAAUGUAUAUGUAUUGCAUGCAUGCAUGAAUAUGGUAUAAAUUUAACAAAAAGUGUUUGGUGGUUUUGAAAACUUUUAUAUUAGUCGAGUGUCGUGUAAAGCUAUAGCAUGACUAUUCUCGAGUGCCCCAUUUUCAUUUGAAAUGUGACUGUGCGAUGUAUAUUUUAACUUUGUAUAUACAUUUAAAAAAAAAACAUAUCAAAUUGUAAAACUUUGACUUCUAUAUUUAAUGCCAUUUUAAUGAUUCGAUAUAAUGAUGCCAAUAAAGUAUAUGUCUGUUAAAGUAUUGUUAAACGUCCCAAUCUAUAAACUCGAUCUACGUACAUAUUUGACAUACUUUUUUUAUUCUAAUUGAGCUAUAUUGAUCGAUUUGGUAAAUGUAAAUCAUAUAGUGAUGAAUUUUUUAAAGUGUAUCAAUCAAUCUGUGUUGUUUUGUGUUCCGUAGAUCUCAGAAUGUGAUAAAUUUGAUCGAAAAGUCACAACGUGCGUUUAUAUGAACGAAAUAAACUUGCGUUUUAUAUCUUCAAGAAAAUUGUGAAUGCACUAUCGCGCCAAAAUGUAUUGGCACCCAGGUGAGGUUAGUGAAUAAAAAGCUAUAACGAGUGGGGUUAAGAAAUCGAGAGACGAUCAUUUCACCGGCAAUAAAAAAAUGUUUCUCAAGCUCUGAUUCAAGUCAGGAUCGCUGGCGGUCAGUUUGUUUCGGAUUUGAUAUUUUCAUAUAUAUUGCAAAGACAGAGAGGUGACCUAUAAUACAUCAUAAUAGUCCAGCAUCAAAUAUUAUUUUAAUGUGUUAAAAUAAUGGUGUUAGUACACGUUCCUUCUGUACUUAACACUAUUGAUUUUACUGUUUAAAUAUAAAGUCAUAUGUAAUUAGCCAAGUAUAAUAUAUUUAUGCUUAUGUGUAUCGUAGUAAUUUGUCUCCGUUGAUAUGGACAAUGAAAUUAUUUGCAUGACUCCGAAAUCGGUCAAUAAAUAUAAAGUAAGUCGUCAUUAGUCCAUGCAAGUUGUAUGUGUUAUAUUCACAAAUGAAAUCAUUAAAUGUUAGUCAAUGUUCUGAAAUUAUUCUUACACAGAGUACUAACAUUAAAUAUAUACAGUACUAAACUAAA